AUGGAAGUCCUCCUCCUCUUCCACCUCCUCCUCCUCCAACUCGUCGGUGAAAUCAUCUGCCACCUCCUCAUCUGGCGGAUCUUCGCUAUACCCUUUCCUCUUCUUCUUGGCAAACGGCACCACCGCUGGGGCAUUCCGACGAACGAUGGGUGGGCAUGGACAUCCAGAAAAGGCAGCACUCACGGCAACGAGCCAAGAUUCAAGAGCCAUCGAGCGUGGUCGCGCGGCGCGCACCAAGCGUCCGGAAGAGAUCAGCUUAUCCUCUGUCAGUUGGUAACGGAGUACGCCAAGUACGCUAACAGGUGUGUAAAACGCCUUUCCCAAAAUCCGCCAUCACUAUCGCGGCCUCGCUUCCUCCCAGUUCUCAAUGGAGAACGAACGAAUCUAGUACACCUCGAAGAACACAAGCUAGCGUCGCCAACGCCGCGUCCGCUCCGACGCGGCGACCACCACCACCCGCUCCCACGCCGCGGUCGCCUCCUCCAGCUCGCCGCGGCGGCGUUUGGGCUCCUGCUCAUCGCGCUGCUCGUCCUCCUCCCGGCCGCGCCGCCCUGGGAGCACACCACCGCGCCCGCCUCGCUCCUCCGCGCGGCCGUCGCGGCGCACCCGUCGCCGGCCUCCUACGCGCGGCCCUGCGCCGACCACCUCGCCCUCUCGCUGCACCGCCUCCGCGCCGCGCUAUCGUCCCUGGAGUCCGGCGACGUCCCCGCCGCGCUCCACCUCGCCUCCGGCUCGCUCCAGUACCAGUACGACUGCUCCCACCUCCUCUCGCUCCCGACCUUCCGCUCCCACGCCCUCACGUCCCGCUUCCUCGAUUCCCUCGCCCCACAAACCCUAAAUGCUGCCCUGAAACCUCCCUCUACUGCCGCUGCAUUCCCUGCGAGGAUCCGCCCUAACGCCACAGUGUGCAAACCGAAUUCCGGUGUGGAGCCGUGUGGCUACUCGACCGUGCAAGCGGCGGUGGAUGCAGCGCCGAACUACACCGCCGGGCACUUGGUCAUAGCAGUUGCUGCAGAGAUAACAUUUGAGAACAGUGCUGGUGCUGGAGCUCAUCAGGCUGUAGCAUUCCGUUCAGAUAGCGAUCGGUCCGUGCUGGAGAAUGUAGAGUUCCGUGGGCAUCAGGAUACCCUGUAUGCUCACACAAUGCGGCAGUUCUACCGCAGGUGCCAUAUUAUAGGGACAGUGGAUUUUAUAUUUGGGAAUGCCGCAGCGGUGUUUGAGGAAUGUGUGAUUAAGACUGUACCACGGGCCGAGGGAGCUCAGAAGCGCGCACGAAAUGUGGUGGCGGCUAGUGGGAGGAUCGAUCCGGGGCAGACGACAGGGUUUGUGUUUGUGAAUUGCACUGUGGAUGGGAACAAAGAGUUUGUGGAAUUGUUUCGGACAAAGCCACAGUCAUACAGGCUGUAUUUGGGGCGGCCAUGGAAGGAGUAUGCCAGGACAUUGUAUGUCAGCUGUUAUUUGGGGACAGUUGUCAGGCCGGAGGGAUGGCUUCCAUGGCGAGGUGAUUUUGCUCUCAGGACACUCUAUUAUGGAGAGUUUGACAGUCGAGGCCCUGGUGCAAACCACACAGCAAGGGUUGAGUGGAGCAGUCAGACACCAGAACAGCAUGUUAAACACUUCUCAACGGAGAACUUCAUUCAGGGCCAUCAAUGGAUUGCAUACUAA